AUGCAAGAAAUUAAUUUCUUCCUUUCUUCUAUAAGAGAAUUUUAUAUGGACUGUGACAGUGUCACAAAGGAUAUUAAACGACUUCAAAUUAAAUAUCCUAAAUUAAAAAUUGGUAUUACUUUAUCUAAAUAUUCUUCACAUCAAUACAUUUCUUUGGAAGGUUUCCUUCCAAUUGUUUAUGAAAGAAAAGUGUUUGGAGUUCCAAUGUUAAUAGCAUUUACUUAUAAUUAUCCAUUAUCUCCUCCUGAAUUAUCUUGUUUUAUCUCUCAAGGAAUGGAAAUUGUAAAAAGUCAUCCUUUAGUAAAAGAAGAUGGUUUUAUCCAAAAUAUACAACAACAAUGGAAUAGUUCAACAGAUUUAUUGUUAUUACUUGAACGACUAUUAGCAUUUUUUGGUUCAAUACCUCCUGUUCGUAAAAAUGCUCAACUAUCCCCUUUUCCUCAUUCUAAAUCAAAUUCACUCACUCCAAAUCCAACCACAUCUUAUCAACAAUACCUUACUCAACAAUCAAACUUAUUAUACUCAACAAAUAACCCAACUUAUCAACAACAGAUGUCUUCAACUACUCAAUAUUACCCUUACCAAAACCAAUAUCCUUCAUACCAAAAUAUACAUAAUCCUUAUUUACCAUAUUAUCACCCACAAUAUACUCCAAACCAAUACCCCUCUCUAUCAAACCCCUUGUUAUCUCCACAGUCUUCUACAUUUAUAACAUCUCAACAAUACCAAAAUGAGAUUAGAUCAGGUACCAAAAUUUCUAAUACUAAUAUAACAGAUUAUUACGUACAAGACUAUGACCAUAGCAAAGAAAAGACAUUGACAAAUCCAUCAGAAUUACAACAACAAAAUAAUACUUUUACUAAAUAUAAACAAUCUGAAGAAGAACGUAUCACUUCAAAUGAAAAUUAUAAUUUUGUUUCACCUUAUAAUCAAUGCUAUAUCAACAAAGAAUGUGUUCAAAAUAAUUUAAUGAAAAAAGACCAAAUUCAACAAAUGAAAGAUUCUAUUAUUUAUUCUAUUAAUCAAACAAAAAAAGAAACAGAAUCAUUACAACAAUGGAUUUCAAAUAAUCCACUACCUAAAGAUGCAUCUCUUAUUGAUGACUUUAAAAAACAAAUAAAUAAAGAACAAUUGGAACAAUUCACAAUUCAAAGUAAAAUAAAAGCAAUGAAUGAUUUAUUAGAAACCUUAGGAGAAGUAGUUGGAAAUGAAACAGUUCCAAUAGAUAAGAGUUUAUUAAUAAUUCGAGGUAUUGCUGAAAAUAAAUUUGAACUUAAAAAACAAUUAAUGCAAUUAAACUAUUAG